GCAGAUGUUGUCAUAAUUGAAAUUUCUCUGUACAACGAUCACCUCUUGACUCGUUAGCCUCAGGCAACAGGAUAAGAGUAGUCGGAUACAAGACGCCAGAUACGUCUUUCAUAUCAAUCUCGACAUUAUUGAGAAUCCAUCAAACAAACAUCAUGAAGAACGUUGCAAUGCACGCCGGCCUUCUGGCCACCACCUUUGCUACUCUCGGUCAUGCAUUGGUCAACCUUACUACCGUCCCUGCUAUCGAAAUAGCUCAUAUCGGGGACAAGAUCCUUCUCGAAUGGACCACCGAUGUUCCCUACGAGCUCGAACUUGUCUUUGCCAAAAGGGAAACUUGGGGUUGGGCGACCAUGAAACAAUUCUUCGACGGCCGCUUCGCCGAGGCUGGAGAUGGUAAUAUUACCGUUGCUAUCCCCAAGGUUGAGAUUGAUCGUGAGUAUGCGUUUUGGCUUUCUGGUAGUAGUCUUGAUGGUAACGGUGGAUAUGCCAAUCUUACCGAAUGGUUCGUUGUCGAGAGCAAGGGUGAGGAGGAACUCAAGUAGAGAGGUUCAACUGUUAGGAGUGUGUCAAGGUGGUGGGGAUUUACUAGCAAAAUGAUGGUGGAGAAUAUGGCAGUCUUGGACCCUUGAAAUGACGUUUGGAUGUGGAGGAAACACCCCAUCAUCGCGCUUGGUACUCGAGCACUCGACUGUCCACCACUUCUGACCAAAAUACAACAAUGACCACUUCAUCAACACCACC